AAUGCAGCGCAAAUGAAAGAAUUGCGGAGACCGCUGUGUAUCAAAACACUGAUCUGCAUAUACCUUCAAAUCAUGGAGCGUAUCGGUGACUGAAACAUUCCAAACUUUUAGACUGAAACAGAGCCGGGAUUACUGGAAAAUCUUUACUGGCAACAUAAAGUGGGAGUGUAAGAGUUACUUACAUUGGUCACUGAAGUAACUGGAGCCAAGAUGGCAGGAAGAGAGCGCAGUCCACGCCACAGGCCAUGGUCUGUGUACCGAGCCAACACAUUUGAUUUGUCCUCUGAGAUGAUGGGGUUGGCGCUAACAGGAAACAGUCAGGAUCCUGAUGAGCCAGUGCUUGAGUUCAGUCUGGCAUGCAGUGAGCUGGUCACUCCAUCACUAGACCGUAAGCCCAGUAGCUUUGUAGCAGUGAGCUGCACCACCCCUCCACAGGCGUUUUGGACCAAACAUGCACAGACUGAAAUUAUAGAGGGCACUAGUAAUCCAAUCUUCUUGAGCAGCAUUGCCUUCUUCCAGGAAUCUCUGAUUACCCAGCAGACUCAAGUCAAACUGUCUGUCUACGAUGUGAAGGACCGCUCACAGGGGACUAUGUACCUGCUCGGUUCGGCUAUGUUUACAGUGAAAGAGCUGCUUCAAGACAAACACCACAGGCUACACCUCACUCUGCGAUCAGCAGAGAGUGAGCGGAUGGGUAACAUUACCAUCAUCGCAUGGCAGAUAGAGGAGAGGAGAGACCAGCGUGCUCCUCUGGCACAUUCAGACACAGUUAAUGGCAGGAUGGUAUUACCUGUUGAUGAAAGUCUGACCGAAUCCAUGGGAGUAAAAGCAAAAUCACCAUCCCUAUGUAAAGACACUCUUUUAAAGUCAGUGUUUGGAGGCACUAUUUCACGGAUGUACCGACUUCCCACGACUGAUGGAAACCACCUGCGUGUCCUGGAGCAGAUGGCAGAGAGCGUGCUCUCCCUGCACAUACCAAGACAGUUCGUCAAACUACUGCUGGAGGAAGAUGCUGCCAGGGUGUGUGAGCUGGAAGAGUUGGGCGAGUUGUCCCCCUGCUGGGAGAAUCUAAGGAGACAGAUCAUCACUCAGUACCAGACUAUCAUCCUCACAUAUCAGGAGACUCUCAGUAAUUUACAUGAAUACAAGGGUCCUUCCUUCAAAUCUAGCACUCUGAAAGGAGAGAAAAAACUAGAGUUUAUACCUACAAACCUCCACGUUCAGAGGAUGAGAGUGCAGGGCGAGUCCGGUUACGAUCGCACAUAUGACGUGGUGACCACUGGGGCCCCUGCGGCACAUCAUCAGGGCUUUAAGGGCAGUGGAUUGAGGAAACUCAUUCAGAAAUUUGAGGAAGCCAAAAAGCAUUCAUAUGAGGGUGAAGGUGCCGGGGAGUCAGCUCCACUUUCUAUGCGGUACCAGCCACAGGAUGUGUUGAAAGCUAAAGAAAUCAUUUCCCAUAUCAACACUCUCAAGACGCAGGUCAGCUACUACACUGAGCGGCUGUCCCGCGCUGCCAAAGAACGCUCAACCAAUGCACUGGAAAGGACCCUUGCUAUCCUCACAGACAAGACACGGCAGCUGGUGACAGUGUGUGACAGUAAGCUGCUAACUACAGCUAUCCAGGCACUGAGUGCUGCACGCCCAGAGUUCAUUGCCUCCAGAGGCUCUGCGUCCACCCAUGACACUGAGCGUGUGGUCCUGAGGAACGACCAGGGCUCUCCACAGGCCAAAUGGAGCGGGAAAGGGAACAGAGCAUCCAUGAACCUAAACUGGCAGGAGGAGGAGUGGGAAAAGAUCUGGCUCAAUGUGGAUAAGAGUCUGGAGUGUGUGAUCCGCUGUGUGGACAGGCUGCUGUCGAGAGAGCGCUCGCAGAGCGACAGCAGUGAAGACGUCUUCCUGUCUGACCAGCAGGCCGACACCAGCAAGAGAGAUGGUAGUCCCAGUGUUGAAGGCUCCUCUCUUGGUGAAUGGAGUGAAGCUCUGUAUCCCCUCCUGACCACUCUGAAUGAGUGUGUAGCAAUGAUGAGCGACAAAGCCAAGAAGUCCAUGGUGUUUCUACUGAUGCAAGACAGCGCUCCCACUAUCGCCAUGAGUUUGUCACUACAGUACCGCAGAGAUGUGGUUUUCUGUCAGACACUGACGGCCCUGAUCUGUGGGUUUGUGAUAAAGCUGAGGAACUGUCUAAGUGACAGUGGCUUCCUCAGACAACUCCACACGAUCGGCUUACUGGUCCAGUUUGAGGGGCUCCUGAGCACCUACGGGGAGGAACUCGCCAUGCUGGAAGACAUGAGUGUAGGCGUCAUGGACCUCCGGAAUGUCACCUUUAAAGUGACCCAGGCGACCUCCAGCUUCAGCCCCGACAUGCUGCCUGUCAUCACGGGCAACAGAGAUGGGUUUAACGUGCGAGUUCCUUUACCGGGGGUGAUGUUUGAUGUGAUGCCACGGGAGAUCCAAAAUGGGAUGCUGCUGCGAGUUCAACCAGUAUUAUUCAAUGUAGGAAUCAAUGAGCAACAAACGCUAGCGGAAAAGUUUGGAGACACAUCACUGCAGGAAGUAGUGAAUAUGGAGAGUCUAGCUCGUCUUACCUCCUAUUAUGACCAGUUUAAAGAAGUGCUGCCUGAAGACUGUCUGCCCCGCUCUCGCAGUCAGAACUGUGUGCCUGAGCUACUCAAGUUCCUCAGUCAAAAUGUUAAUGCCAGGAAGAGCAAGAAUGUGGACAUCCUGUUGCAGGCAGCAGAGGUUUGUCGGCGUCUGAAUGGUGUGCGUGUGACCAGCUGCAAGAGUGCAAAGGAUCGUACGGCCAUGUCGGUGACCCUGGAGCAAUGUCAAAUCCUCCAGCAAGAGCACUGCAUGGCCCCGCAGGUCUUCACACAGGCUUUGGACUGUAUGCGCAGCGAGGGCUGCAGGCGAGAAAACACCAUGAAAAACGUAGGCAGCCGCAAAUACGCUUUCAACUCCCUCCAGCUGAAGACUUUCCCUAAACAGUACCGACCACCAGAGGGCACCUUCGGGAAAGUGGAAACUUGAACUGAAAGCAGUCCGCUGUUCUGGCCCAUCGUGACUAGAACUGCAUGUUUCUCCUCGUUCGGUUUACUUUAGCACCACAUAUCUGAAGGACAUUUUUAUUAUGCACAGUCAUGCUGAAAUACGCUCUGGUUAUUAUCCAGAUGACAAGGUACAUAUUUUUAGAUCCCCAACCUCUUGGCUCAGAGAAGAAAGGAGAUAGGGAAAGAAAAUCACUUGAAGGUAAAUGAGUAGCUUGCUUGGUUGUUGCACUGAAAGCAGGUAAGAAGUACGG